AUGUCAACAACUGACAAUUUACAUUCAUCUGACAUCUUAUGUAAUAAAUCGCAUAGUGAAGCAUCAUUACCAUUAACGACAAUUGUUUUAAUUCCUGAUUCAACACCACCAGUAUCAAAUAUUUCAUCAUUCGAAACGACUGAUGAAAUAAAUAAUGAAGGUGAACUUAAUCCGCUAUUGAAUAAAAGACGAAGAUCUACAAGAACUAGUUUAAUGGCUGAUGUAAGCCGUCGAUUAUACAAACGAAAAGUAUUAUAUAAUCGACUUAGAGAAAUAAGUAAUAUUAUGUGUGUUCUUGGUAUAUCCGGUGUUAUUCUCAUGAUUAUUGAAAAUGAAAUUACUUUUAUGAAUAUAAAAAACAAUGAUGCAUAUACAUGUAUUAGUGAACGUAUUAAAUUAAUAAUAAGCAUAACAACUAUGAUACUUGUUAAUCUUGUUUUUUAUUAUCAUCGUAUAGAUUUAGAUUUCUAUGCUGUUAAUAAUUCACUCGAUCAUUGGCGUAUUGGUUUAACAGGUACCAAAAUAUUUUUAAUAUUAUUCGAAGUAUUCAUAUGUAUGAUACAUCCUUUUCCUCGAUGUUUUCGAUUAACUCGUCAUGUUAAACAUUUUCAUCCAACGGAAAAAGAUCUUCUAGAAAAAUCUUAUAUAGCUUUUGAUGUUGCACUUGGUUUACCAAUGUUUGCACGUGUUUAUUUAAUAUGUCGUCUUGUUACAUUUCAUUCUCAUUUGGUUGCUGAUGUAUCAUUACAAGCAUUAGGUUAUUUUAAUCAAGUAUCAUUUGAUUUUCUCUUUCUUACUAAAACAUAUCUUACACGAUGGCCAACACGUAGUUUAUUAGUAUUCUGUACAUUUAUCUUUUUUAUGGGUAGUUGGUCAUUACGAGCAUGUGAUUAUAGAUUUGGAUAUGAACAUGUAUCCAUGCUAGAUUCAAUGUGGUUAUUUAUUAUGACAUUUACUACUGUUGGCUAUGGAGAUUUAAAACCAUCGCGUUAUUGUGGACGAGCUGUUGCUGCAAUCACAGCAUUAAUUGGUGUUUUAUCGACGGCUUUAUUAAUUUCAAUUCUCGCACAAAAACUUGAAUUAACUCGAUCGGAAAAAUAUGUACAUAAUUUCGUGGUAAAUAUUGGAUUAGGUAAAGAACGUCGAAUUCAAGCUGCUAAUAUUAUUAAAUAUGCCAUAAAACGUUGGUAUUUAAAUCGAAAACAUCAAUCGCCAACAUCAGAAUAUAUUAAAAUACAACGAAGAUUAUAUCGAUCGAUACAUUUUAAUCAACGAUUGAAACGAGAACAAAAAAAAGUUAUUGAUAGUUGUAUUGGUUUACCAGAAUUAAUUACAGCACAACAAGAAUCAAAUGAUAAAAUAAAGAAAUUAAUGUCAAUGGAAGUAAAAGUCGAUAGGAUUGAAAAGAAUGUUGCUGAUAUGAAUAAAACUAUGAAUAACAUACGGAAUACACUUGAUCUAUUACUAAACAAAAUCUCAUAA